GAGAGAGAGAGAGGGAGAGAGAGAGAGAGAGAUGCUGUCGGGUGUUGAGUCCGGUGUGACUUAUCUAUCCUACUCUGCUGCUGUCGGUAACGGACCGGCUGCGCACACACCUACACUCCUAUCUCUGUCACACACACACACACACACGCACACACACACACACACACACACACACACACACACACACACACACACACACGUACCGGGAGGACCGGACUGGCGCACAGGGAGACCCAUGUCACACCGGAUCGAACAGGGGAAUGUACCGGAAUCCGCUGCACACGCCCGGGCUGUCCCGCACUGAGGGCUGCACUGCAUUAACGGGACACGACACCGGGCUCAGCCAGGGGCGGUACCGGACCGGAAUAGUGUGAUAAAGGAGGCACCUGGCUGCGUAGGGAGAGAGAGAGAGACAGGUGGGUGGGGGGAGACGGGGCGGGAGGGUUUGGAGGGGAGCUGUUCCCAGCGGUUAGAGCUUUUGUUUUGGUGGGGGGGUUAACAACACCGCUUGCGCGCAACGGAGAGUCGGCGCAAAGUUUCCUCGAUGGCGCUGGUGAUGGAGCCGGUGAGCAAAUGGAGCACGAGCCAGGUGGUGGACUGGAUGAAAGGUCUGGACGACUGCUUGCAGCAAUAUGUGUGUGUGUUCGAGCACGGAGGUGUGUGCGGGGAGAGGCUGCUGAGGAUCAGCCACGCCGAGCUGGAGGAGCUGGGAGUUUCUCGCAUCGGACACCAGGAGCUCAUUCUGGAGGCUGUCGACUUGCUCUGUGCUCUGAACUCAGGUCUGGAGACGGAGAGCGUCAGGACUCUGGCUCACAAACUCGGCGCCUCGGCCAAAAACCUGCAGAACUUCAUCUCCGGCCGCCGCCGCAGCAGCCAAUCGGAGAGCAGGUCCUCUCGGCGGCUCCCCAACGAUCUGCUGACCUCCGUGGUCGACCUCAUCACCGCCGCCAAGAGCCUGCUUGCCUGGCUGGACAGGUCUCCCUUUGCUGCAGUGGCAGACUACUCAGUAACCCGAAAUAAUGUCAUUCAGCUCUGCCUGGAGCUCACCACCAUUGUACAGCAGGACUGUACGGUGUUUGAGACGGAGAACAAAAUCCUUCAUGUGUGCAAGACUCUGUCGGAGGUGUGUGAGCACAUUGUGUGUGUGUCAUCCGACCCGCUGGUUUCUCAGUCAGCCCACCUCGAACUGGUUCACCUCACCAACAUCAAACCCUCCGAAGGCCUGGGAAUGUACAUCAAAUCAACCUACGACGGCCUCCAUGUGAUCACAGGAACCACUGAAGGGUCUCCAGCUGACCGCUGUAAGAAGAUCCAUGCAGGAGAUGAAGUCAUACAAGUCAAUCACCAGACUGUGGUGGGCUGGCAGUUGCGUAACUUGGUCGGCUCGCUGAGGGCUGAUAAAGGCGUCGUGUCCCUGACCCUGAAGAAGCGUCCACAGAGCACGCUGAGCUCCGCCCCUGCUCUGCUGAAGAACAUGCGCUGGAAACCCCUCGCUCUGCAGCCAACCAGAAGCCCGGGCAGCAUUUCGGCCACACCCUCAGGCACGCCCACCAAGAGCUCCGCCAUCCAGGACCUCUACAUCCCCCCUCCACCCGCUGAGCCAUACACACCCAGAGAUGAGACAGGAACCUUGCCAGGAGAUGAGGGUGGGCGCAACCACGGUGGCGUCAGCGUUGCCAAGCGCUCUGAGUCACCAAACUCCUUCCUGGAUCAAGAGUCUCACCGGCGAGAAGAGGAGGAGCCCAUGUACUGCACCACACCGACAUAUGGCAGGCUGAGGCCCAUCUCCAUGCCUGUGGAGUGUAACUGGGUGGGCGACUAUGAAGAUCCAGCCAAGCUUAACAGAGAAAGCCGCAGAGAGGCGACACUGAUGCGUUAUGUGGGACUGUCCGGCGUGGACGAGAGGACCGGCUCUGAAGACUACUCCUCCCACACGGCUCGUCCGGGGAAACGGACCAAUGAGACGGCCAAACGCGCCAAGAGGCGGAGCCACCACAGCCAAAGCCCCUCCCACUACGUCCUCCAGACAAAUCAGAGGGAUUCUCCACCGAGAGACCCCGCCUCCAUUUAUCACACAUACCAACAGUCCUCCUCUCUGCAGUCAAAGAACAGGAAGAAGAAUAGAGGACGGAGUUUGGCCUCCCUGAGUCGGAGGCGUGUUUCCUGCAAGGCGCUGGGCAGAGGAGACUGCGAGGGCUGGCUGUGGAGAAAGAGAGAUGCCAAGGGUUACUUUUCCCAGAAAUGGAAGAAGUACUGGUUUGUUCUGAAGGACAACUGCUUGUACUGGUACAUCAAUGAGGAGGAUGAGAAGGCGGAGGGUUUCGUCAGUCUUCCAGAGUUUAAGAUCGACCGGGCCAGUGAAUGUCGCAAGAAGUAUGCUUUCAAAGCAUGUCACCCCAAGGUCAAGAGUUUCUACUUCGCAGCAGAUGGAGUGGAUGACAUGAACAGAUGGCUGAGUCGUCUCAACAUGGCCGCUGUGGGCUACGCAGAGCGAGAGAGGAUACGCCAGGAGCAGGAUUACUGGAGUGAGAGUGAGCAUGAGGAUGACACCACCUCCAGCCCCAAACAGGACAGUCCCCCACCUCCAUAUGAUACCUACCCACGGCCUCCAUCAAUGAGUGCCUAUUUGGAAGGCCGGACCACUCGACUGUCUUCCACGGAGACGUCUCGUUCCCGCUCCUCCCAGGAGGACUUCCUCUGCGGCGAUGCCCCCGCGGUGGCCGCAGAGCCGCAGUACCAUCCUGGUCCUCUCGGGGGCGGCACCACGCACAGCGGGCAGAAACCAGGGGGCAGCAGCAGCAGCGACGUGCAGUACAGAUGUGAUGCUAUAGAGUACCGAUCCAGUCCUGCAGGGGGCGGCAGUGAGACGGGGUCUCCGGGCCGUUCCUCCUCGUCUCAGAGACGUUCCUGGCAGGACCUGAUUGAGACGCCGCUGACUGAGGCUGGACUGCACUACCUGCAGACUGGACCGCUAGAGGACGCCGUCUUUGCUGAGCCCGGUCCGGGCGGUGGGACGAUGAUGGCCGGAGCCGUUUACACCCUCCCCGCACAGAGGAAUGUCCCGCUGCCCAUGGCCAUGCAGAGGCUGAUUCCUAUGGCAACCCAGGGAGGGAAACCCCGCAGCUUCACACUGCCGCGAGACAGCAACCUACACACACUGCUCACGCCCCCUGCGAAAGAACAACAGCAAACACACAAUGGCGGCAGCGAGGGCGCUUCCCUGGGCGACCUGUUCCGUGCGUGCGAGCAGAGCGGGGUGUGUCCUCUGGGUCGCGGGUCGGACGCCAAAGGUCAGUCAGAGUGCAGGCAGUCGUUCCUCCGGCGGGCCGCCGACCCUCAGCUCAACGAUCGUCUGCACCGUCUCCGCAUACUGACCUCCACGCUCAAGGACAGGGAGGGGGAGCUAGCGCUGAUUGACAGGCUGCUGGCCAAUCCCCAGCUGUCGUCGGCAGAGUUCCAGGAGUGGAAACGAGCCUAUCAGGAGCUGUUCUCUCAGGAGCCAGACUCGACCGCUGACUCAGACCCCGGCCCGCCCCUCACCCCCUCGCUCUCUCACACGCACUCCUACAUCGAGACCCACGUCUGACGAGUCCAACACACACACACACACACACCAAACACACACUCAUGCUUGAGUUGCUCUCAUCUCCUGAUUCUGGAAAGAGUUGAACAAACAGCAUCGGACGUUUUUUGACGCAUCGGGGGUUUGCGAUCAGCGACGGGCUUUAGGGACAGCUUGGCUCCACAUCCCGAUACGCUUUUGGCAGCCUCGGGGUUCAAGUGCACCAUGACAGCUUUUCUGAGGAGACGCCUGUGUGGCCCUCGUGUCACAUCAAUCUACGUGCUGAUUGGUUAUGCCACUCCAGCUGGCUCAGGGGCGGACGAUUAACUGAUCCUUCAGUAUUACAUGUCAGCUUUCGUGCUCUUUUAAAGUGCUUACUUUGGACGACUUUCAUCAGUUUGUCCCUCCUGACGUGGACGAAGACCUCAGAGUCGUAUCUUCACGAGCCGCCAUUGUGCCACAGUGUUUCAUCCUGCUUGUUGUGCCAUGUUUAUACCGACUGCACAGUGUCUCAUAGACGCACAUUGUAUUCUAUCAAGCCUUAUACUUGAUGAUAUUUUCUGUACAGUGAGUGCAAAGAACAAUUAGCAGACUUUUUGUUUGUUCUGGUUUGGUAGAAGUACGUACAGUACUGGGCUGGGCUGGCUGGACCUGAAUCAUGCACACUCGCCUCCUGGAAUAAGACCCCUCUAAAGGAAAAGUCCACCCUAAAAACACUUUUUAACAGUAUCCUUGCACAAAACAGUUUCCCUCUCAUGCUGUCGCUUCAUUUUCACUGUCAGUAUGACUUCACCUCCAGCGAGACCCGUCCUAGAAUAUAAUCAUUGAUAUCGAUCAGCUGCCUCUAUUAGAGCUCAUUAAUUAAAUUCGAGACCUAAAUGUUUCGUUUCAAUCACAAUCACUUUGGUGGAAACAUGAAACAUCUUCAGUUUGAUUUUUAUAAUGCAUGACAUUUUAUUAUUGUUUUAUGCAAAUUACAUGUCCAUAAAAAACAGCUUAUGGUCAAACAAAGCCUUUUAUAUCUGCAUAGAGAAACUGUAAUAUCUUUCAUUGCAUUCCCUAAUCUUAUGGAUAGGUCACAUUUCUUUCACAUAUGUCUUAUGAAAAUACUUUACGUGCACAUAUAUACAUUAAAAGAGUUCAUGUAGUCCAUAACGGUCACGAAGAAAUCCAUUUUUUAAACUAGAAGGACAUUCGGAUAUGCUCCAAAUUUGAAUGGGAUCUACCAUCGCCCAUGUUACACCCUUCCACCAAAAAGAAAAUCAAGCCAGUAGUUUUCCUGUUAUCCUGCUAACCAACAAACACACCAACAAAACAAACCGAAAAAAGGAACUAGGAGAGUUCAGACCUUGUAGUUUUUUCCGUAAUCGUGCUCACAAACAGACAAACAAACCCAACAGAGGUAACCAGUGUAAGAGAAGGACAAGAUCAACCUUUUUCUGUGUAGAAAUACAAAAUGCUAAAAUUGUAAUUUUGUACUCAACUGAAUGCAUUAUUUGUACCAAUGCAUCCUGUACCUGUCCGAUAACAAAAAGUCUGUUGAGGUUAAAUUAUCCAAAUUAUGCCACGAAAUAAUUGACGAUUAUUAUUUUUAAAUCUCCAUCUGGUGUUUUGAAGUUUUAAAAGGCUAAUUACUGCCACUUCUGGAGUGCGGACGACAUGUUAUACACAAAAGAAAUACCUUCAACGGGGGCAGACCGCCGUCUUGUUAUUUGCUUCUGAAUCUGUUUUAAUUCGUCUUUUUGAUUUUCCGUGGCUUUAACGGUCAACCUCCCUUUAAAGGCUUUGAGCACCCACUCUGAUUUUUUUCAGUUAAUCUGGUGGAUUAGACCUCUUCUCUGUGUGGGCGUGACCGUAUUUGAUUGUCAUCUUCCUGAGUUUCCCCUUACAGCUUUGCUGCACCAGUUAGGACGGGACACAUUACACCUCUAUCAUUCUUAUUGGUAGAUUUGUGAGCUUGUGAAUUCCCAUCAAAGCUCCAGCCCACCUUCAACCUAAACAGAGGUCUAAUCAAGUGAAAACACAUGAGUGGGUGUUCAGAGGCUUUAGCACUUGAAAACAACAAGGAUUGUUUCGGUCCUCAUAGAAAAUAAA